UGAAUUUUCACUAAUCAAAUAGUGAAAAAGCAUGUUGCCAUGCUCCCCUUGAAUGUUGUGCUUCUCUCCUUAUGAGUCACCAACAUUUCUACUUCCCGAGACAAAAAGAGAGACACAGAAAAUGGCGAGGGGAAGCGAAAGUGUGGGUGAGGGCGUACCGAAAGAGAUGAGCGAAGCACUGAGGCGCACGGUAGCCAGCCUGGAGAAUCUGGAAGCAGAGCUGCCGAAUAUUCUGUCUCUCUCAAACCCUUUCAUCCUCUCUAAAAUGCCUCCUCUUCAACGCGCUCACUCUCUCUUAACCCUUGCCAACAUCACUUCCACCCUUUUCUCAUUGAAGUUGAGAUGCAAAGGGACUAAUCCAGAUUAUCAUCCCCUCAAAUCUGAACUUGACAGGUUAAAAGUUUACCAACGCAAACUGGAACCCUUUGGGGAUGUAGGUCAAGCUCUACCACUGCCUUCUUCUUUCUUGGAUGAGCAGCCUUCUGUUGACCACUCCUUACGUGACCUCACUUCAGUACAAAGAAAAGAAAUGGCUAACAUGAGCAUUGGGGAGGUACCAAUGAUGAGCAACUAUCAGGAGCAGGCUGGUCAGAAGAGAAAGCAUCCAUCUUCUGAAGAACACCCUGUUCAAGUUGAUGCUGAGGUGCACGUGAAGAAAGAACCACUUGAGGUUUUUGGUCAUAACAAUGGAAAAACUGAGGAACCAAUAGUCAUUGACAUUUCAGAUGAUGACGAGUGAUGAUCAUUUUGAGCUGCUUGUGCAGUUGUGCCUCCCUUAUUUUUCAGAAUCUGGAACUAAGAUUCAUCUUAUGCUCAAAUUGAAGAAUCUCGACUCAGAACUGAAGUAUGCGGAUUCUGGAGAAGUUUCUAGUUAUAUCCAAUUAAGAAUUGCUCUAGCCCACAAUAGACAACUCUAGCCUUGCUAACUUUAUAACUUGUAUAAAUGUUUAAGCUUUGUUGAUUUGGUGUGAUUGGUAAAAUUACAUUAACCUCCUCUGAGCCUCUGAUGUUAAGGGACAUUACACACAUACCUCUUUAUUUCUAAAAGUAUUUAUAGAACUCUUCUAAGAUUUAAGUUUAUCUGACAUCUGGUAACUUUAUAUUUUUCUAAAAUGGACACUGACCUCCCAGCAGAUCUGGGGUUGUCAUUGUCAACAUAUAAUUCAUGGGGUGCUAUGAGUAAUUUCACCUAAAACUCAGGGGAGGUUGGUGUACUUUAUCAUAUUUAUAACUUAUUUAUCUUUGAAAGUUUAGUGUAUGCUUGGUGUUAAGGUUUGAUUAUACAAUGUGUAAUUAUUCAUUUAUUUGUGAUGUUAAAUUCUUAUGUUCUCAAAAAAUUUCACUUAGGGUGGUUUGGUAAACCUUAUGUUUUUCAAAAGUAAUGGCUUUUGUAGCAGUUAUAUUUGCUAAAUCGAAUAAAAGAGCCUUUAAAACUAAGUACGAACUACAACAAUUGUGUUUUGGUAAAAUUUGUUUUGUAAAGUUUAGAAUGACUUUAAUAGACAUAAAUAUAAGGUUAUAUUAUCUUUCAAUUUUAAAAAACACCAGUUAGUUUUGUAAAGUAUCUUUAUAGGAGUUUUCAAAAGCUAAAAGCACAAAUACAUGAUCAUUUUGAUUUGUCAAGCACAAAGUGAAGUGUGUAUGUUUUUAAAAACUACAAACACUUCAACACUUCUCUGCUAAACUUUACCAAACCCACCCAUAGUUCUGCGACUGGCUUACUGUAAUUGAAGAUUUAUGAGAAAAUUAAAUUCUUAUUUCAUCUUUGAAUUUUUCCAUAUGCUUUUUACACUUUGAUUUC